AUGCGUUCUAAAAGGAAUAAAACAAACAAAAGUGGAAUUGAAUCUGCUGCCAGUUCGUUUCAAUCGGUGGACAGUUAUGGAGUAUUUGGAAGCACCUGUUCCGACUUCUCAGAAUGCGAAGAAGGUGAAAAUAGAAAACGGACUUGCAGCUACAGUAAUUCGUGUGUCCCGACGAGUGGCGCCAGUUACCACAGUAUGAAGGAUCGCGAGACUGUUCCUCUGUUGUUGACGCCCAAUUACAACACCCCCUAUAAGAGCUUACACUGCAAUAGUUCGGACACCUUAGGCCCAGGAGAGCUGUCGGACACAGAUAUUAUAGCUACGUACAAACGCACUUAUGACAAACCUAUCAAAUCGCAGAUGACAAAGCAAAGCUCGUUAGUCACCAUCUUCUCAAUAUGGAACACGAUAAUGGGUUCAUCUCUGCUGACGAUGGCGUGGGGCGUAGAACGAGCUGGUCUGCCGGCGGCGUUGCUGCUCGUCGGCCUGAUGGCGGCUCUUUGUCUCUUUACCGCGUACCUUUUAAUACGCGUUAAUGCUUACCACGGUGGUGACAGUUUUGAGGUGCCUUCCCUGUGCCGCGCCCUCCUCGGUCCGACGGCAGAAGUAAUUGCGCACGCGUUCAGCCUUCUGGUUCUCACGGGCGCUAACGUCGUCUACUGGAUCCUAAUAACUAAUUUUCUUUACUACACCGUUAAUUAUUUUAUUGAGGAACCCUUGGUGAAUGCGACGAGCCUCAAUUCCUCAGUGCUAUGCCCUAAGCAGGAGUUGAUUCCAGGGUCCAGCAGCGAAAGCCACGAUCCCUCGCCGUACUGGGGCCUCCACACGACCGUCCCGCUCUACGUAGCGGUCAUCGUAUUCCCGUUAUUAAACUUUAGAAAUGUGUCGUUCUUUACGAAGUUUAAUUCUUUAGGUACGCUGUCCGUCCUCUACCUCCUGAUCUUCGUGGUGGUGAAGAGCGCGUCGUGGGGUGUCAACUUGAACGUGCCGAUGACGUCUCGAGGGGGUCUGGACGCGGCGGUGCUGAGCGGGAUGUUGGCGCUGUCUUUUUACAUCCACAACAUCAUAGUUACUAUUAUGAGUAAUAAUAAGAGGCAGGAUAAAAAUGGUCGCGACCUCUCGAUAGCGUUCCUGCUGGUGACAGUCACGUACACAGUGGUCGGAGCCGUGUUCUACGUCUGCUUUCCACUAGCCAAGAGCUGCAUUGAGGAUAAUAUUCUAAAUAAUUUCGAAAUGCACGACGUGAUGACGGUUGUCGCGAGAGCAUUGUUAUUGUUUCAAGUGAUAACCGUCUACCCACUGGUUGUGUUUAUGCUAAGGACAGAAGCAGUUCUGCUGCUUCCACUGAAGGACUCCAGGAAGUUGACGUUUGUAAUGAACUUGUUGUUAAUAAGUGUUAGCAUUCUCGUCGCUUGCUUGUGCCCCAACGUUGGUACUAUUAUCAGAUAUACAGGCGCUGUGAGCGGCCUAGUCCACGUCUUCACUCUUCCGUCUCUCUUGUACAUGCGAUCCUUGCAACUUCGUGGGAAACUCACUCUCAUAAAAGGACUGUUCUAUACGUCGAUUAUCGUCUUCGGGACCGGCAACCUGAUCAUGCAGUUCUUUAUAACAUAA